CUCGAAACUACUGCCGCGCAUGUCGCUAUUGCUGGCCGCCAAAAUGACAUUCUUCCUGCCCAUCCGCCACUGAAUACAAUCCAUUUCCUUUACUGCUUCGUCCGGCGUAUUCACAAUUGGCUUCUCUUACUCGUCUUCUUCAUGUUGAUCUUCAGAUUGCCCUCCCAGCGCGUCGAUAACGCGCGAGUUCCAUUCCCUACCUACACGAAUCCUGACUGUCGCAAACUCGAUAUAGUCUUGCGUACACCUUUUUAUACCUAUACGUGACGCCUUGGUAUAUAUCCAUUAAACAUGACGUCCUGAAAGCCGCAGGCACUCGCAAUUCGCGUGGCUCCAUUCAUAUCACCCCUUACAACCCUCUGUCCUAAAACUUCUCGUCAUCCAAAGACAGGGCUUGAAGCCGAGCAUAAUUUUGAGUUGUUUUUGCGGAUCAAUACGAGUUUUUCUGAGCACUGGCUCGCAGCUUUGCAGAAAUGUUCGGACCUUGGAUUGAAACAUGGUCCUGGAUUAAAAGUCUUGCGCCCAAGAAGUUCAAAGUCGAGAGGCCGCAUCUCAACUUCAUUACUAUUCACUACCUGUAUCUGGUUCUCAUGACGAUCGUGGGAUCUAUUAUCUUGUUUCCGGGUGGAGGAAUGUCUUAUAUCGACGCAUUGUUCUUCGCCAGUGGCGCUGCCACUCAAAGUGGUCUCAACACAAUUGAUGUCAAUCUACUGCACGUGUAUCAACAGGUCGCUAUUAUGUUGAUAGCUUGUGUGUGCAACCCUAUCUUCAUACACACUUUUGUCGUCUUCGUACGCCUCUACUGGUUUGAGAAGCGUUUUCAGCACGUCGUUCGAGAGGCGAAGAAACUGCGGACCACGCGAUCUCGCUCAAGGGCCCUAGGCGAUGACGACGAGAAUGCCAUCGGACAUAUUGAUCGCGGCGUCAAUGGACGUGAGAUCAGGGUGCUACGAUCAGCAAAUGGGAAUGCGAGUAAUGGAAGAGCAAAGGAUGGGAGUGGCUCUGAAACUGGCGAAUACUCCAAUUCUGAUGAAAUGACACGGGAGCUCACACAAUCGGAACGACCCAUGAGUCCGAGCUCAGCAACGUUCAGACGAGACAUUGUAUUCGCGGAUGAGCUACCUCGGGCUGAACGAGACUUGUCUAAUCUGGACCGUAUUCCUGAGAGACGUCCUGCCGAGCAACAUAUAGCCUUCGUUGAGAAACAGCGGAACCACAAAGACAAGGGCACCCUCUAUAUUCCAGGACCAACAGAGUUCGAUCGCGGACAUAAGCCUCAGGAGUUGAAUGAGAAUGAGGACGAAGGAGUGAGAAAGUUGCGAAAUGACGAAGAUGACUUGUCACGAGACAUCCGCCCAGCUCAUGCUAGGCGUAUGAGCGAAUUUCAUGAUGAUGAUGAUCAUCCGCUCAAGACCAUGAAAAGACACGCUACGGCCGAUGAUGGGAACGACAUGACAUAUCAUUCACGUUUCAAGGACAAGAUAUCUGCGCCGUUCAAGCUGCCGAAUUUAAAGGGAGACACUGGGAUCCCCAUACUACAAGGACUUCGACAGAGGGCAACGACACAGCGGACCAAAACCAUGGCGAGUGUCCGUACAGAACGUAGCACAGAUCGAGAUCCUAUGCCGUAUCUGACUUGGCAGCCUACUAUUGGGAGAAAUUCAAUGUUCAUCGAUUUGACUGAAGAGCAAAGAGAGGAACUAGGAGGCAUCGAGUACCGAGCACUGAAAACCCUAAGUAUCAUUCUAGUUUUAUACUAUGUUGGGUUCCAUCUAAUUGGGAUGAUAUGCCUGCUCCCAUGGAUCAUAGAAACCCGCAGCUACCAUACGGCACUCAAUGAAUCCAGCAUCAACAUUCCCUGGUGGGGCAUAUUCACACCAGCGUCGAUGUUCAACGAUCUCGGCUUCACAUUAACACCUGACUCGAUGAUAUCGUUCCAGUCCGCUGUCUUCCCUCUGCUGCUUGGAAGUUUUCUCAUCAUCAUUGGAAACACAGGCUUCCCGUGUAUGCUUCGAUUCGUAAUAUGGUUUGCAUCAAAGUGUGUGUCAGAUAAUACUCCUCUUUGGGACGAGCUCCAUUUUCUUCUGAAUCACCCUAGACGCUGUUUCACCUUACUGUUCCCAAGUAACGCCACCUGGUGGCUCUUCUGGGUGCUCGUUCUUUUGAACGGAAUCGAUCUGAUAUUUUUCAUUAUCCUUGAUAUCAAUGACCCGACCGUCACAGACCUUCGCGUGGGAGUUCGAGUACUUGUCGGUCUAUUCCAGGCCGCCUCAACUCGCACAGCAGGUUUCGCUGCUAUCAACAUCGCUGACCUUCACCCGGCUGUCCAAGUAUCAUAUAUGAUCAUGAUGUACAUUUCUGUAUUCCCUAUUGCCAUAUCCCUUCGUCGAACCAAUGUCUACGAAGAAAAGUCGCUUGGAGUCUACCAAGAUGCUGACGACGAAUCUGAUGGCAAGAAUCACAGCUACAUCGGCAUGCAUUUCCGGCGACAGUUAUCGUUCGAUCUAUGGUAUGUUUUCCUAGGCUUCUUCUUCAUUGCCAUCAUCGAGGGCGGUCGAUUGGAGAACACGAAUGACUACGCUUUUACACUCUUCAGCGUAUUGUUCGAGAUCAUAAGUGCAUACGGCACAGUUGGUCUUUCCCUUGGCUAUCCUGGUGUCAACACCUCCUUCUCCGGUCAAUUUAGGACGUUGUCCAAGCUCAUCAUCAUAGCUAUGCAGAUUCGCGGUCGGCAUAGAGGUCUUCCAUAUGCACUUGACCGCGCAAUUUUAUUACCCUCUGAAGGGUUGAACAAGAAAGAAGCAACAGAUCCGUCAAAGUUGCGUCGCCAAAGGAGCAAUCUUAGCGAGAUGGCUGCAGCUGGGGACGGUAAUACAGAUCUAGGGGCCGAGGGUAGAAACCCGACGAUAGGCAGGAAUCCUACCAUUGGAAGAAACACAACCAUCGAACGAGAUCGUGGAUAUGGACUAUCGAAACUCAUUAGCGGGGCGUUGAGUGUGACCCCCACGACGCCGAUCAAGGACAGGAACCGUGAGAAGGGGCUAUAAUCAUUUCUCUCACGUACGGGUAUAUGCGCAACCAUGGAAGCCGUUUUAGUAAUCUUAUAGAGUUGUUAACGGGCUAGAAUUUUGAUAUUUGGCUGGAUACUUUAUUGUUGGAUAUAGAAGCCGACCAUUUGAAGCAGUUGCUGAUCUAGCGCUACAUAUUUAUCAUAGAAUAUGACGCCUAUCUAAUGAUCUAUGAGAG